AUGGAUGAUUCUGUAACUUCAUCUCCAAGCUCUUCUGUAGUCUCAUCUUUGUCUCGCAAUUCGUCUUCAAGAACUCAGUCCUUGCGCUCAUAUAAUACUCGCUUCAAGUAUCGCCUUCAAAAACCUUACGAUGCGACAUCAGUUGGACACCGCACGUCCUGCCAAAGUCUCUCUCCAAACAAAACUUUAUCGUCUCAAAUGGGGUCGUGCGUUAUUAAAGACGAGCCCAGCUUAUCUGGAGGCCUGCAGUUUGACCUCAACUACCCAUUAUUCAACCAACCAGACGAAGAAGACCACUCCGAUCUUGCACUAGAGGCAGCUCAAGCAAAACGUAGGAUUUGUCAAGCCCAAAAGGACCUCGCAGACAGCAUCUUGGAGCACCACAUAGUACUUACUAACCUCCAUCUCCGUCGUGUAGAAGCUGCGAACAUGCGAUUAUUGACGGCUGACCUUGACGUGGGACGCAUGCAUAUAGAGCGGAGGAGAAAUGGUGUUCCAACGUUUAUUGGGUGCAGGGCUGGCGGUACAAGUUAA